GUGUUGUCGCUCUCCCACAACCGCCUCACUGGGAGGAUUCCGCCGAAGCUGGACAUUGCGUUCAUGGACUUGUCUCAUAACAUGCUGGAGGGAGACGCGUCGUCGGUGCUGUCGAAUAACAAAAACAUGCAGGUUAUGAUUCUGGCGAAGAACAUGCUUGCUUUUGAUUUUGGGAAAGUUGUGUUGCCGGGGAAGUUGGAGACCUUGGAUCUGAGGAACAACCGUAUCUAUGGGACGCUGCCUAAGGGACUCGCGGCGCUUAAGCAUUUGAAGAUGUUUAAUGUUAGCUACAAUAAUCUGUGUGGUCAGAUUCCACGUGGUCGCAACUUGCAGAGAUUUGACGCGUCUUCCUACGCUCAUAACAAGUGCUUGUGU